AUGGCUCCAAUAAAUGUAAAACGUCAGAUCCAUAGAGAUGAUGGAUCUAAAUUGAAGAUCCUAAUAGUUGGAGCAGGUCUCGGCGGCUUAGGCGCAGCAAUCGCACUCCUCCUAGCCGGUCACGAUGUAGAAGUAUUUGAAGCCGCUUCAGAAAUAGCCGAAGUAGGAGCAGGCAUCCAGAUUCUCCCAAACAGCAACCGCGUCCUCCAAACUUGGGGCAUGAAAACCUCCCUCGAAGAAUACGCCACAAAGCCCUCCCAAGUAAACUUCCUAGGCUGGAAAGGUAAUUCCAUUACUUCCAUGUCCUUCGCCGAGUCAGCUGCGCAAUACCCCGGGACGUUUUACUGGGAUUUCCAUCGAGCGAAUCUGCAUAAAUGUUUGCUUGAGCGAGCGGUAGAAUUAGGUGCGAAGAUGAAAGUUAAUGCCAGGGUUUCUGAUGUUCGGAUAGCAGAGAACUGGCAUACUGCUACUGUGGUUUUGCAGAAUGGGGAGGAGUAUCAGGCGGAUUUGGUGGUUGGAGCGGAUGGGAUUAAUAGUCGACUACGAGAGAUUAUGUUGGGAAGGGAGGAUCCACCGAUUUUGACGGGGGAUCUGGCGUACAGGCUUUUGUUGUCUACGAAGGAGAUGUUGAAGGAUCCUGAGUUGGCGACGUUUGUGACGGAGCCGCAGGUUAAUUAUUGGUUAGGUCCUGACGCGCAUGCUGUAAAUUACGUACUUCGAGGAGGUGAACUUUUCAACAUCGUUCUCCUCGUCCCAGACGAUAUACCCAAAGGUCAGAAUAUAACCGAAGGAAAUGUAGAAGAGAUGCGAGCCCUGUACAAAGACUGGGAUCCUCGUAUCCCUAAACUUCUUAGUCUCUGCGAAUCGGUGUAUAAAUGGCGACUCUGUAUACGGCCCGGAAUGGAGCAGUGGUCUCAUCCCUCCGGCGCUUUCACCAUGCUUGGCGAUGCAGUACACGCGACGCUUCCAUACCUCGCUUCCGGAGCAGGCAUGUCGUUGGAGGACGGCGCUGUUCUCGGGGAGUUGUUUUCAAGAGCCAGAGGCAAAUUAUCUCCAGCGAAGAAGAGGCGGUUGUUGGACAUCUACCAGAAAAUUCGUGCGCCGAGAACAGAGAUGGUGGUUCAGCGAGGGAAUCUUCAGCAAUAUUUAUACCAUUUGCAUGAUGGUUCGGAACAACAGGAAAGAGAUAGGGUUAUGAGAGCUAAUGAGCCAGGUGAUGCUCUGGCGUGGAAAGAUAAAGAGUUUGCGCCGGGUCUAUUGGGGUGGUGUUGUGAGGAGGAGGUUGAUAAAUACUGGCCCAUCUUUGACUCCCACGAAAAAGGCGAAGGGAGAGGUUCGUCACGUCUGUAA